AUGCAGUCCGGCAGCAGGGUCUCCAGCUCCGCGCGCGGCCCGUACGCCCGCUGUCGGGGCCUCUCGCCGGAAGUCGACAGGCCCUGCGGCAUGGGUAGGGCCGGGCUGCCGGGGAUGCGGGGCCAUGGCCGCGGCGGUCGGCCCUGCGCGGGCGCCUUGGCACCCACCGCGGCACCGCGAGGGAUCACGGUCGACGUGGACCACAGCGAGCUGCUCGGCCUGCGCCACAACCAGUCGUACCUGCACUCUCAAGUCACCUCCGCCUAUGACCGGCUUGUCAGAGAGAGGCUUGAAGAUGGAUAUAGUGCAAAAGUGCUGGCUGGCCGGCAGCAACUCCUAGAAGAGGCCAGGGAAGAGCUCCUAAAAGUCAAUGGGAAGGCCAUGGACGAGGAUCGAAGCUGGAAUCAGCCAACGGGCCUGGAGCUACCCAUAAACCUUGUGCCAGGGUUGAUGGCUCAUCUUUGCCAGUUGGGCCGAAUGGACCUCGUGCUGGAAAUGGGGCACAAGCUGAUGAACACGAAGGAGGGUGUGGCCAUGAAGCGGGACAUCCUGCUGUCCAUGGCCCUUGCAAAGCUUGGGCAAGCAGAUGACCUCUUCUCGACUUCCACCGAGGUAAGCUGA